AUGCAGAGACCCAUAUGCCGGACGCGAAAACGAGUUGGAGACUGGCUGACAACCUGGGGGAAGCUUUCCAAUUAUACUUUUCGGGGCGCCACCCAACGCAAUGGUGCCGUCUGGGCGUGGCAGAUCCAGGAUCCUUAUAUGCCGUGCGAGUUGUUUGCAGAAAACCACACAGCCAAAACCCGGGCAUACAGCCGACUCUGGCUAAGUCCCCGGGCAGAUUUCUCCACACAACUGUGGCAGUGGAACCGCGGAACUGUGCAGAGGGUUUACUUCCGCGAAUGGAAGGAACCCAAUUGCAAUGUAAGGUACCUACUAUGUUUGGAUCGCCGCACAUCCUGA